CAACACCCAACCGUUACCAAGGCGAUCGGAACUCAAACAAGCCCUCACCAUUUCGAACGUCAGGCACCCAGUCGUUAACGUACCGUCCGCCAAUAUGGUGCUACUUCAGAAAUAUAAAUUGUACGUCAGUUUUCCACUUUAAUAGCAAAAAUAUAAAGUGAAGUGUUUAACGACAUGUAAUUGCCACCCUCAUCCAUACAUUAUGUAUAGAGCCUGAGGCGCGUUACUUCCCUAUCGUGUGUAAUCGGGACAAGCAUGAAUAAAUCUGCACCCGUGUAGUUUACAACUUCUCUGUUUGUGCAAACAUUCUAGAACUUAUUCAUAUAUAUGAGCAUGACUGUGUUUACUGCAUACUUGCAAAAAACAAUUUCCGCUGCCAUUAGGAACAACCAAUAGUUAGAAGUGUAUCGGAACGGAAGGCGAAGGACACGUCGCGUCGGGUGCAGUAAAACCCUCUACCAUCUCCGCAACAUACAAGGGCAUGUGUGAUCAAUAACUACAGAGUACCAGCCAUGGUCGGUCACGCAGUUGUUCUGAAUUUGGAAAUAAUCCUUGCUACGUUUAGGCACCUGCCAUAACCAAAUUAUCUGCACCGUCAAUCAACGGCCUUGGGCCAGAUUUUUGUGUCAACCAGACGGUAGGUGUUCGUGUAUAUUCUACCGAAAGUGUACACGCUUCCGGACAGAAGCAGUCAGCGCCAUGGGUCUCUUCGACAAACUGGCCAAUAUGUUGAAGAUUAAAAAGGAACAGAUCAAUAUACUGGUGGUAGGACUGAACAACAGUGGCAAAUCGACCAUUGUGAAUCACUUCAAGAAUCCAGAUGAGCGAAACUCGAUAAUAGUGCCAACGGUUGGUUUCAGCGUUGAGCGAUUUCAGAAUCAAGGAGUCUUCUUCACUGCAUUCGACAUGUCCGGUGCCACCCGCUACCGAAGUCUUUGGGAACACCAUUUCAAAUCUUGCCAGGGCAUCGUUUUCGUUAUCGAUUCCAGCGACCGGAUGCGAUUAGUGGUAGUCAAGGACGAAUUGGAGAUUCUGAUACAGCAUCCAGACAUCGCCAACCGACGGGUACCGAUUCUGUUCUUCGCCAACAAGAUGGACUGUACUGAUGCCUUGAGUAGUGUGAAGAUUGCCGCUGGCCUAGGCUUGGAGAAAAUCAAGGACAAACCGUGGCACAUAAGCUCCAGCAAUGCACUCACGGGUGAGGGCCUGCAGGACGGUGUCCAAUGGAUGGUGCAUCAGAUUAGGGAGUGUGUCGCUAGCUCUAAGAACGGCAAUUAAAGACUUUGUAGAACCGAAAUUACGAUAAAAAUAUGAACAAAUAAAUUUUGACUAUGUCUUGUGUGUA